AUGAACACGGCCCAGUCAAAGUGGAAUAUCCUGAUCCCAAAGUUGGUUCAGCGUGGUCUGAAGGAUCCAUGGCUUCGCAACAAAGCCUGAAGGUAUAUGGGCACCUGGCAGCACCCUGACAGCACCUUUGCAAAACAUGUCACUAUCAUGGAUGUUCUCAGCAAAGGAUUCAAAUGGGGAUUUACAGCCUUUGUGGUAGCUCUUGCGGUUGAGUAUAUGUUGUUUCCCCCAAAGAAGGAUAAGGGCUACGAAUCGAUUGUUGUGUUCUGA